CAGUCAGUCAGAGCAGGACUCACACACACAAGACAAGCUGGCAUGUAGUCACGGAAUAAAUCUAUUCAUCAUGAAUUCGAGCGGUGAAUUAUCAGAUGAGGACGAAAAGGUUACUAUUUUGUCUUGGAUCUACGUCUCGUCUUUAAGUUUGAGUCUGAUAGGCAGCUGUUCUGUUGUGGUGGUGUCCAUUAUAAAGAGAAAGCAUCUCAAUGAACAGGCUAAGCCUCUUGCUCAGCUAGCCCUGGCAGAUUUCCUGGCAUCGCUUGUUUUGAUGGGCACUGCCAUUACUAAUUUGCCUUAUGAAUUGUGGCCACCCAGUGAAAAGCUGUGCAACAUCGGACUGCCUUUAUCUUUGGCUUUCUACUGCAUCUCAUUUCUGCUAGUCAUUAUUUAUGCCUGUGAAUCGGCACAUGCAUUUCAAGGAUGGAGGAAAAACACUGAGCAGGAAGCAUUUGAAGUGCAGUUAACACGCAGAAGGAGAAGGUUUUGUCUCAUCUACAUUAUUGCAUGGGCUGUACCAAUAAUCGGAUACCUCAUCUACAUAAACACUGUCCAAAUUAUGCAGGCUACUCUCACUGCACCAUGUAAAAAGGCACACACGACAAUCCUGAAAUCUGGCAACCGAGGACCCACCGCCAGGUUCUGUAACAGCUGCAUUCUCUUCCUGCAUCUCACAAAUGACUCCUGCACAACAGUGGAUCUGGCUCACUCUGAGUUUAUCCGAAUCUUCAUGCUAAGCAGUGUGUUGAUCGUCAUCAUCAGCUGCACAGUGGUGUACUGUCAGUUACAGAGCUGUUAUAGGCAUUAUGAGAACACAAGCAUGUUCACAAUGUCACAGAGGCCUCCGGGUGGGAUUUGGUCCUCGGCUCGAUACAUGAUCCUUGUUGUCUUUUUCUGCUGGACACCAGCUCUGCUCCUCAUCUCUCUAUCAUUUGCACAAGAUAGAAUAAGCCAUCUCUUUCCUCUCUACGUUUUACAGGCGCUGUCAGUGUCGCUCCAGGGUUUUCUGAACAGUAUUGUUUACGCAUGGAGACGACAAAAUUUCCGAGACGCCGUUCUGGGGGAACGCCUGCCUCUGAUGGCCUAUUCAAACAGAGCCUUCUUCGAUCAGUCAUUAAACGAGCCAUCAUAAUAAAAACACAAUCAUAUAAACGUUAUGAAUUGCACCAAUGUUAGUUAAAAAGUGUUCUAUUUAUUUGUGUAUAUAUAUAUUUUAGCGAUAGCUGUUAAGACAUUGACUAUUGUGCUAUAAACCGUACUUGAAAUGUAAAAUAAUAAUAGCUGAGUCGACAAAAAGAUGUUGCUAUUUUACAUAAAACAGCAAUAUGAUAUAGACACUGUGUAUAUUACCAUGUCUAUCUGCAGUUUUUCUUAAUAAAUGUUGGAGUUACA